AUGCUCAUGCGCUGGUCUGCUCUCCUGUCCUGUACCUUCAGCAGCAGCAGCAGGAGAAGCAGGUGCGCGUCUCUGGCGCUUCAGUCUUAAGUUUGUAAACAUGGCAGAUGGGAACAUAUAUGAGAAAAUAAAGGAGGAGAACUUAUACGAGAAGCCGUUUGACGAGCCGGUUGUCUCUGCCCAAGAGGAGCCGGUAUAUGAGAACAGAAGCGCGUUUCCCGACGCCGCGAAAGUGACCGAGGCGAUCUACAGCGUGGUUGAUAUCCAGGUUAAGUCUGGCAGAAAUCCAACUCCGGACUAUAUGAAUACUCAUGAAACGACAGAGGAGGCAGAGGAAAUCAUGAGUGAAACCCAGAACAGUGUAUGUUUGUAUGAGGUUCCACCAGAAGAGAAUGGAGAAGAAGGUUCGUCCAGGCGCUCGUCCGCCUUGUCCUCUGAGGGCUUUGGAGAGCCGUGUGAUGAUGAGGAGCAGCUUCACGAAGACAACGCCGAGGAUGGCAUGAUGAUGGCUUUCUCCAUGCCCAAGGGCAGAGCUGCAGAACCAGAAGGAGAUGUGUUGGACUACAGCCUCAAACCAGUUCAAAAUAACAGUGUAGAGGAGAAAGUUGGAGAUCCCAGUCAGCCUGAAGUUGCACUUUUUGUCAAGGCUGGGAGUGAUGGGGAAAGCAUUGGGAAUUGCCCAUUUUCUCAACGCCUCUUCAUGAUCCUCUGGCUCAAAGGGGUUGUUUUCAAUGUCACCACUGUGGACCUGAAGAGGAAACCAGCUGACCUGCAUAAUCUAGCUCCAGGCACACAUCCUCCGUUUCUAACGUACAACGGUGAGGUCAAGACAGACAUCAACAAAAUUGAGGAGUUUUUAGAAGAAGUAUUAGCACCACCAAAAUACCCCAAGCUGGCAGCCAAGCACAGGGAAUCCAACACAGCGGGGAUUGACAUAUUUGCAAAGUUCUCAGCUUACAUCAAAAACUCAAGGCCAGAAGCCAAUGGAGGGUGGGAGAAAAACCUGACAAAGGCUCUAAAGAAGCUGGAUGACUACCUGAACAGUGCCUUGCCUGAUGAGAUAGAUGCAGACAGCAUGGAGGAAGAGAAAAGCUCUAACCGCAAGUUCCUGGACGGCGAUGAACUCACCUUGGCAGACUGCAACCUCCUGCCAAAACUCCACAUAGUCAAGGUUGUUGCUAAGAAGUACCGUAACUACGACAUUCCUACUGAAAUGACAGGAGUGUGGCGCUACCUGAACAAUGCCUACGUUCGAGACGAAUUCACCAACACCUGCCCUGCAGAUAAAGAGAUCGAAAUAGCCUACCAGGAUGUAGCCAAAAUGCUAGUCAAAUAAAGCUUGUUGCACAACUAUUAGAGAAAUCAGACUUUAUGAAUACAGUCAGAAAUAGACUGCGGUGGUUUUUAUAGAAUUUAGUUUUGUAUCAUUGAAAACAGAUCUUGCAGUGAAACCACUCUGGUAAGCCAGAAUUCUGUUCUGCAACACAAAAUAAAGAAAUAUUAUCAGACUCAGUGCAGGCCAGGGAAGUCCUGUAGCCCUGUAGUGAUUGUGUCUAAAUUAUCUGUCAAAGCUAGAUGAAUAGUUUUCCACAAGGUUUUUUUUUUUUUUUUUUCAGUUGUUUGCUGCAUUUCUUUUAUUUACUUUAGGAGGUUCUUAUUAUUUAAAGAGAAUCUUAACUGUCAAUGACAUGCAUAUACAUUACAUUUAAGAACUAUAAAUAGAAAUAAUAUGUUUGAUAGUUUUCAAUUGGAUGAUGAUUUUCAGGAUAAUUUUGAAUGCCCAAGCUGUGCUUAAAAUAAUUAAUUAGGGGAAAAGUAACAAAGGAGCAAUGAAGAAAAGUACAGGAGAACAAAAUCUUUUAUGCAAGAUAUAAUAAAAGAAAUCAAUAUAAAUGUAUAUAUGUAUACAUAUUGUAUUGGAACUCACAAUUGCUUUUAAAUCAGUGCGUUUAGAUAUACGCAUGCAUACAUCCCUGGCUCAAAUAAUCAAGAACUCUUUUAUUAAUAUGUUUUUUGUUUGGAUUUAAAGAAGCAUCCUCUCAUUUUCCUACCACUUUAUUGCUGAAGUGCAUUUUCUUCCGUUAGCAUGUGUACUUAUCUUUUUGUCAGCUGAUGUAUGUUUUUCGAAAGAUUUAGCCUUAACCUAAAUUAUAUCUGAUUCAUUUGUAAUUUGUGUUUGAGCUGUGCUGCAAAGAAGAUUCAUGACAUCCCGUAAUGCUGUUAAAUCAAGUAAAGCAGUGUAGUCUGGCUUUUCUCCAGCUCUCCUCCACUCUCAGCUCUGCUGAAAUAGCACACAGCUCCACAGACUUGAUAGGUCCUCAUGGAGCUUGCUGCUCUUGUGUGGCUUGGACAAACAUUUGAUAUGAAAGGGGAGUGUGGCGCCAGCGAGGCCUAUCCUGCAUGAACCUCUACGAAAUAAAAUAAUAUUUUUACAGUUCAA